GCGCAGGCGCAGUGUUCGUAGUCAGGCGCAGUGCUGACACGAGCGCGCAGGCGCAGUUUCUGAAGGGCUGCAACAUGGACGACGAGGAGGAGACUUACCGGCUGUGGAAGAUCCGAAAGACCAUCAUGCAGCUGUGUCAUGACCGUGGCUACUUGGUGACUCAGGACGAGCUGGACCAGACACUUGAGGAGUUCAAGGCGCAGUUUGGGGACAAACCCAGCGAAGGAAGACCAAGGCGUACAGACCUCACCGUGCUGGUGGCCCACAACGAUGACCCCACGGACCAGAUGUUUGUGUUCUUCCCAGAGGAGCCCAAGGUGGGCAUUAAGACCAUCAAGGUGUACUGCCAGCGCAUGCAGGAGGAGAACAUCACGCGGGCGCUGAUUGUGGUGCAGCAGGGCAUGACGCCCUCCGCCAAGCAGUCCCUGGUGGACAUGGCCCCGAAGUACGUGCUAGAGCAGUUCCUACAGCAAGAGCUGCUCAUCAACAUCACGGAACACGAGCUGGUCCCUGAGCAUGUGGUCAUGACGAAGGAGGAGGUGACAGAGCUGCUGGCUCGAUACAAGCUUCGCGAAAGCCAGCUGCCCAGGAUCCAGGCUGGGGACCCAGUGGCGCGCUAUUUUGGGAUCAAGCGAGGGCAGGUUGUGAAGAUCAUCCGGCCCAGUGAGACAGCCGGCCGCUACAUCACCUACCGCCUGGUACAGUAGCCCACGGUAGGUGAACCCCGCCUGCCCCGGCCAGCACACUGCUCUGCCAGGGUCCCAGCUCAUACUCCUGUCCCAUUCUGAAAAGCAGGACUGUUGGGUGAGACACCCAGUGCACCCACUUGUGAAAGAAGCGACUGACUCCUGCGAGUUGUCCUCUGACCUCCCGUGCAUACAGCAUGGCAGCUGUGUGAACCCACAAACCCUGAAGUCUAAUGGGAGGAUAGGCUGGAGGUGGGCCAGCCUGCCCUAAUCAUAGCACCCUGGAGACUGACUGAGACAGGAGGAUUGCUGCAACUUCAAGUGAGUUUAUGACUUCAGCAAGAACUGGUCCAUCGCCGCUUCUGGUAGCUUCUGGUAUGAGAGACUCGUCUGCAAACAGGAAAGGAACCCAGGUAGCAGGAGCCAGCUGUCUGCCUUUCCUCGUUCACCAGCACCCUCGUCCUGUCCGGUACCCUCGCCUGCUGCUCCGUGGGACCAAGGGUACGGGCCACAACCUCUUUGCCUUUUGACCAAAGGGUUCCCACCUGGCCAGUGCCUUGGGAAUGUGGCCCUGGACAAGGCCCCCACUGCCACCAGGGCAGCCAGCACCACAGUCCUCCCUGUGCAAUCUCGGAGUACUGGCUGCACCCCACACCUUUGUCACUGAGGUCACUGUCCUGUCUAGAGUUCUCCAUUCUGUAGGACUCUUCUGAAAACUAAAGACAUUUUGAGGAGUUA